UUCCCCCCCUCUUCCCUUGCACCGGAGAUUCCCCUCAGCAGCAGAAGACAGAAAAACUGCCAACCUUUAACUUUACAAAAUAAAAUAACUCCGGUCACAUGCGUGCUUUGCAAUAGCAAGCAACAGCCAGCCAUACUCUUCCGAUUAAAGAGUAAAGAAACAGGCUUUGAACAGGACUGUGAUUCACACGCAAUUACUAGUAAUUAAAUACAAUGCAACAACAACAACAACAAAAACUGAUCUUAAAUUAACAAUACGACAUCUUAGUGUCUUAGGCACAGUAAUUAUUGAAUUGUGGGUCAUAUAGUCUUUGGAGAAUAUAUAUAGAUAUAUAUAUUUUUUUUUUUCUCUGUUUUUCUUUCUGUUGUUUUGGGAGGAGUGAGUUAGAGGGGGGGGGUUAUUAUCGGCUAUCAGAGAUGUCUAACAUUGCCUCGGACCAAGACCGCGCUGAAGAGAGAGUAUUAAUUUUGUCGACUCAAGCAGAACAGAUAAUUAGUUUUGAUCUUGGCAGCAGCAGCAGCACCAGCAGCCGGCUGCUGUUUCCGUCGCAACCGGCACCGCACGACCAGCAUCAGACUGUGCUGGUUAUUCUGGACUCGAGUCUGGAUAACGACAACCAAUUCAGCUUGGAGUCUCUCCUUCCCGAAUCUGGGAUCGUCGCCGAUAUCGACGUGGAGAAUAUCCUGAUGUCUGGAGAGGAAUCGUUCUACCAAAUUAAGAGCCAGCCCAUCACAGCCAGCCCCUCCUCUCCCCUGGGCCCGGGCCCGGCCCCGCCCCCCGCCGUGAUGUCAUCGCGAGUGUUGCUGAGGCAGCAGCUGAUGAAGGAGCAGGCGCAGGAGCAGGAGCGGAGAGAGGAGCAGCAGGAGCGAGCGUCCAGCGCCCAGCUCCGCACCUCCGCCCCCUCGCCCGCCAUCAGCGUGAGCGCCCCACAGGGGCCCCGAGCCGCGCCUGCACAGGUCCCAGUCGAGGUGCUCAAGGUUCAGACUCACUUGGAGAAUCCAACCAAAUAUCACAUCCAACAAACCCAGAGACAUCAAGUGAAACAGUACCUCUCCACCACGAUGGGCAACAAAGCAGCCAGUCAGAAACUGGGGGCGUCGCCCUCGCCCCAGGCCGGCUCCGCCCCCGGACUGGCCCCUCCCACCAGCGCUCCCAACAGCCCGAUGGCGUUACUGAACCUCGGGUCCAAUUCAGAGAAAGGGAUUGAUGAUGUCAUCGAUGGGAUCAUCAGUCUGGAGUCCAGUUUCGCCGAUGACAUGAUGGGGUUCAUAAACUCCGGACUGCAGCUUUCAAACACACUCCCUGUCUCUGGUAACCUGAUGGAUCUGUACGGCACCCCCAGCAUGUCGCUCCCGACCGUGAGCAACUCCUGCCCGGCCCAACUCUCCAACGUCAAGCAAGAGACGACUGACACUGACCUGCACGCCGGCUCUGGCUUCUGUGUGACGGAGGUCGAGGUCAAAGCGUUCAUGAAGGAGAGGCAGAAGAAGGACAGUCACAAUCUCAUCGAGAGGCGCCGAAGGUUUAACAUCAACGACAGAAUCAAAGAGUUGGGGACAAUGAUUCCGAAGUCCAGCGACCCGGAGAUGCGCUGGAACAAAGGCACGAUCCUCAAGGCUUCGGUCGACUUCAUCCGGAAGCUGCAGAAAGAGCAGCAGCGAUCGAAGGAGAUGGAGAUGAGGCAGAGGAAGCUGGAGCAGCAAAACAGGAGCCUGCUGCUCCAAGUACAGGAAUUGGAAAUGCAGGCCCGUCUUCAUGGCCUCCCCACUCUGGCUUCUUCCCUCGGCUCUGGAGACCCGGUCUCUCAGCUUCUCCCACAGAACCACCAUCAAACCAACGCCGGCCUGCUCUCCGCCCCCUUCGUAGCCCCUCCCCCCGUCACCACAAGCCACGCCCCCUCCUCCCUGGUCAGCCCCGCCCCGGCCCUCGAUCUGGGCUCCCUGAACUUCAGCGACCUUGACGACACCACGACCUUUGACCUGGGGCUGACCUCGGUCGUGGGUCUGGAUGACAUUCUCAUGGAUGAAGGGGGUCUCUCGCCCCUGAGGCGAGGCUCCGAUCCCCUGCUUUCGUCUGUCUCACCUGGGAGCAGGAGCAGCUUCAGCAUGGAGGAGGACUCCUGACCUCUAGUGGAGGGAGGAGUGCAUUGCAGUUCAGAUUAGACAAAGU